UUGCGGCUAAUCUCUAGCCAACCGUAAGACAUGUUCAGGAAACGGGCGGAAGGACGAGUAUGGUUAGAUUCCGGAAGGAGGCCUGCUACUGGCCCAGAUGGAGAACGGCGCGGAUGAUUAUCUAGGAAGAUGUACAGGUUGAUGGAUCCUUUCAACCUGGCUGCAUUCGCUGCUGCCAUGAAGAUGAAGGCCGAACGUCCGGGAUCGGGAUCGGGAUCGUUGGAGGGAAGCCCGAUGAACCGCUACAAGUACGACGUUACGAUACUUUGCUGGAACAACGAGCAUGACUCUCCCGAAGAGGAGCACAACUACAUCCGGCUGGACAACUGCUCAGUGCCGCUCUUGUUCCGAAACGUUCCGUCACCUAUUGAUGAUCCGGAAGAACACCAAGGCGGUGUAUCCGAUCGAGUAGAAGAGCUUCAAGCGUCCACAGUGCGUGAGAUGUUUCCCCUCGGCGGUCAUUCGCGAUCGCCUCGUGUGACCAGAUGUACGACUCGAAGAACGGCUCGAGCAGGACGUGGCGGCGGUGCACGAUCCGGCUUCCGCCAACUACACGGCGGAGUGGUUGCGAUGCGGAGUUUUGAACCGAGAAAAAGUUCUUUGAUAUGCAUUUGA